CCCCACUUACUACUACUCCUUCUCUCUUUUCCUCCUGCUCAGUAGGAAGGGAGGAGUAGCAAGGGUUUCUGGACGCAGCCUCCUCAGUCUGUCCUGCGCGUGCAUGAGUGUGUGAGCACAACUGAGCGCGAGCCGGGUCGGAUCUGAGAUCUGAGAACGGAACGUUGCGCUCGAGCUCGCGCGUGGAUACGGAUAUGGGUACGGAGCGCGCGGCACCGGGUUCAUCGAGGCGCGCGUAAAAGUCGGAGCGCUUUUUGGUGCAAAAAAAAGAGGACACCUCUGAAAGCUUUGGAAAAAAAGAAUCCCGUGUUUUGCACGCGAUGGUUUUGCGCACGGGGCUGCUCGUGAGCGCCUGGGCGACGGUGUGCGCGCACGCGCUGUUCCUGGGCCCGCUGCACCCGGAGAUGUCCAACGGCACCUUCCACCACUACUUCGUGCCGGACGGCAACUACGAGGAGAACGACGACCCGGAGCAGUGCCAGAUGCUGUUCCGCGUGACGGACGAGCGCCGCCCGUGCGGCGAGGACGCGGACGCCGACGCGGCGGUGCGCGAGGACUUCACGCUGGCGCGGCGGCAGGCGGAGGACUCGGCGCGCGUGCUGGAGGGCAUCGCCCGCAGCGUGGCGCUCGAUCUGGACGGCGAGGAGAGCUACGCGCGCUACCUGCGCCGCGAGACCUCGCAGAUCAGUGAGGCGUUCGCCGCCUCCGAGCGCGCGCUUCUCGAGCUCGAGGGCAAGUUUGCACAGAGCCGCGAGCGCGAGGAGGCGCGGCGGCCCGGCGACGACUUCGCGGGCAUGGCAGAGCACGCGCGAGACCUGCUGCGCGAGACGCGCAACGCCGCCACGGCGCUCGGGGACCACCACGAGCUGCUGACGCUGGUCGUGCGCAGCCACGGCGCGCGCCUCAGCCGCCUCAAGAACGAGUACCUGAAGGGGUAGGGGGGAUUUUUGUUUCUGUGCAUUGGGUGAAUUCGGUUUGGAUUGAUCCGAUUUUGCGUUUUUGUUCUUUUGCAUUCUUGCUUAAUUUGAUUCGGUUUGAUUUGAUUGAGUUUUGAUGCAAAAUUUGAUGCAAAUACUGUGCAAAAGCUCCACUUGGAGUAGAGACUUAUGGAACUGAUAUAUGAACAUCUGGAUCAGCAGCUGUGGACCAGCAGCACCACAGUCCACAGUGCUGGGAUACUGAGGUGCUGGUGCUCAGUCUCUGGGACAGGGACAUUCAAGAUCCUCUGGACACUGAUUGUUAUGGAGAGGGUGAAGAACAGUACUUGAUAGUUAAUGUUCUGCAAAAAAAACACAAUAAACACGUUUAAGUUAUAGGUUUUUUUAUGGUGCACAUUCUAAAAUAUACACAUUUGACUUGAUUCACAGUAUCUCUUCAAACAGAAACUUCAUGCAAAAUCAUAAUGAAAUCUGGUAUUAACUGACAAAGACCUUGUAUCUACAUUUUGGCCAUUUUUUUAUUUAAUGCAGAAAUAAAAUCUUUCUUUACAUAUAUUGACAUACAUAGCAGUUUAUCACUUCUUGUCAUGAACUGAAUCUGAGGAAUGGACCAAUAGAAAUGCUCCAAAAGGUUAUUUUUGCCUGCCAGCAACAAUACAGCAAUGAAUACAGGAUGAAUGUAGAAAUGCUUCCAAAUUUAGAAUGAAAUCUUUGCCAAAAAGUCAAAAAUGACAAAAAAAUGGAUAAAUGGAUGUACAAGAUUUUUUGUCUUUCGGUGAAACCAUAUGCAAUGUAAUAUACUAAAUUGUGUCCAUUUUAUCCUUUUGAUGGACCAAUAGAAAUGUUCCAAAAUGCAAACAAUGACAAUUAAUAUAUAAUGAAAUAUAUUUAGACGAUUUUCACUUUUUGUCAUAAUCCAAAUCUGGCUGUUGUUCAUUACAUGGUGUCCAAAUUUUAGGAUGAAUUGACUAAUAGAAAUCCAUCAAAAUUACAUGGAAUAAACCCUUUGCCAAAAAGUAAAAAAUGAUAAAACAUGCAUAUACACGAUUUUGUGUCUGCCAAAAACUAUAUACAUAUAAUGUAAUAUACUUUUCUGUUUUCACUUUUUGUCGUAAUCCAAAUCUGUUUUUUUAUAUUGUGUCCAUUUCAUCAUUUUGAUGGACCAACAGAACUGCUUCAAAAUGCAAACAGUGACAAUAAAUAUAUAAAAUAUAUUUACAAGAUUUUUCACUUUUUGUCAUAAUCCAAAUCUGUACCAGCUGUUAUUUAUAUUGUGUACAGAUCUCAGGAUGAAUGGACCAAUAGAAAUACGACACAAUCAGAAAUGGAGAUAUGAUGGAGUUUGGUCUGCCAGUGACAGUGUAUAUAUAAUGUAAUAUAUUUGUUUUUUUUAACUCUUUUACAUAAUCUGAAUCUGUAAUUUAUUGUUUGCAAAUUUCAUGAGGAAUGGGCCAAUGGAAAUGCUCCAAAAUAACUUGGAAUAAAAUCUUUGACAAAAAGUAAAAAAAUGACAAAGCUGCAGAUACAAGGUUUUUGUCUGUAACAACAUAUAUAAUUAGACCAAUAGAAAUCCUUCAACGUGACUUGUAAAAAAAAAAAAAAAUCACUUUUGCAUUGAACCAUCCAUUACAUUGUCUAUUGUACAACUGCAAUUUUGGAGAUACAAGCUUUUUGCGUGACCUUUUACACGACUAUUUCCACAAGUUAACCAAUAGGAAUGACUUGUGUUAAUGUGAAACAGGCUGUUUUAGAGAAGAAAACACACCAUAAAAACUGUAAUAUGUUUUACUGCUAGUUAUGUUAGAACAUGUCCUACCAUUCAGUCUGACUAUCCUCCUGAAAUACAUACUGCUUAAAUAUAUAUAUGGUGUAAAACAGCAAUAUUAUUGUUAUUAUUUUAAAAGGAGGAGAAAUGUUAUAUUUGUAAAUGCUUAUUUUUGUGUUUGUAUUUUUGUUGAAAUCUGUACAUCUGAAUAUUGUUCUAUAUGCUUUAAAAUGCUGAGUGUUUAUAUUAUUAUGGGAUGGAGAGGAGCUCUAUGGGACGGGAUGGUACAGUAAGAAUAUAUUGGAGAUGUUCUGAGUGAAAGACAGUGGGGUGACGUAUCCUCAGACCCACCGGAGAUAACUGCGGGCAGGAAUAUCCUAUUCAGACCCUUUACCAUGUGGAGCUGCAUUCCUCAGAGCUUGGGUUUGUUCCACUGUGUAAUAAAAAAACUUUAAAGACUGA